GUUGGACUUAUAUGUUAUAAUUUUGUUUUACAACGACUAUGAGAAAAAAGGAUAUACUUAUGCAAACGAAUGUGGCGAAUUUUGGAUUAUAAAUCUUGAAAAAUAUAGAUUCACCAUGUCUGGCCCAAGUGAGCGCGAGUCAAGGGCCAUUUUCCUGAAUUUUAAGGAAAUUCGAUGUCUGGAAAAAAGUUUCCAAGUGAUAGACCUGGAAAGGGCAUACAGAAAUAACAUAAUGAACAUGCACCAGAAAGACAUGAAGAUACAUUACAAGAAAAUAAAGGACAGAGUUGGGAAAAUCCAUUCGAAUUUGACAAGAGAACAAAUCGACGAAAUGAAAGUGAUGGAGCAAAGCGGUGAGGUAAAGAUAAAGCUAUCAACUAGCACGGAUUCUAGCAUCCGAAUAUCCGCCGCGGAGAAGCGACUGAAGCUUCAGCCCAGAGCUAAAAGCGCCAUGCCCCGCCUUCGACGCAGCGGGAGCGCCUUUCCCGCACGGCCUUUAAGAACCACCCACUCGGCGUUUACUCGAUCUACCAGUAACGACUGUCCGCCGGGUUCUCCCCGAACCAAGAGCUGUAGAUUUGGAGGUUCGUCCAUUAACAUGGCCGCUAUUUCGCCGCGGUCCAAUACUGCGGGCACGUCACGAUCAUGUACCCACGGCCGUUCGAACUCCCUGUACCCGGAAUCGGAAUUGUCCACCGGAAGCGCUGUAUUGCCUUUAUCAAUAAGAAAUGAGAGGAAGAAAUCAAUAUUCAUUGAUAGUGACGAUAAACCACUGAAGCCGCUUAUAUCAAUAACGACUGCAGACGUGGACAGCGAUUCCGGGAAGUCACUAACAAAUAUAAAAGUGCCAAAGUUAACAUUGAAUAUGUCACCGUUAUCGGGAACAGGAAAAAGUCGACCAUCAUCGCCUUUAGCUUCGCCAAGAUCAUCUAUAAUGAAGUCGCCAAAGUCCCCAAAGGCAGCAAAGAAGUCAAAAGGUAUGGGUAACUCAAAAGUGUCGGCCUCAAGUAAGCCUUUUCCCCCAGAGAACGAGAAACCGGGCACUCAAGAAGGCGGGCUCUGGAGCACCAGAACCGCCACAUACCUCCAGCUUCCUUCGGGCUCGUGUGUGGCUGAUGCACAAAACAACGAGAGUAAAGAUGAUUCCACUCCAGGCGAAUCUGAUCGAUCAAAUGGCGCGGUUCCUCCAACGAGACUCACAUCAGCUACUAGCAGUGGGGAAAAACAACGGCCCAAUACGGCCGCCAUUGCUGAUUCAAUGAGGCGGAAAUCGCAGGCAGAUAUGCAAAGAGCAUCGCGCCUUCUAGCGGAAGGCAAAACGACCGUGCCCUUUGAUUCUCACGACUAUAUAGCUAUUGAAGAGAGAUCCAAAUCGGAGAAACCGUUCCGCUCAAUCAGAGAACGGACGUUUAACGUAAAUAUGGAAACAGACGUUAUGAGUGACUGUAUGGGGGAAGAAUUGUAUAGAGACAUGAAGAGAGGCAUGAUACUUGGGGAGGUAGCAUCAAGCCUGUGCUUAGAGGACAAAAUAGACUUCUUUUUAGAUCGCGUUGAUGAUUACAUCAAAGUGAAUCCGAAUUACGUAUAUAAUGCGGAAAGAACUCGCGCGGAACUGGAAGCGGUUCGCGCAGAAAAUAAGGCCGCCAAAGCGAAGAAGGUGAAACGGAACACACUACGGAGACGGCAGUUAGAGCGGAAGCUGCUGGAUGGAGAGGAGGCGAUGAGAGAGGCGGCGAAGGCCCGCUACAUCAGGUUAAAUGACGAUGAACUGGAUAUGUCUAAUGUAAAUACACUUGUAGUGGAUCAGAUGAAAAUGUUGUCUAGUAUAAAGAUAUGGAACCAAGGUUGAUUGAAAUAUGUUGAAAGUAUUUUGAAAGAUAUGAAAUAAAGUGGAUCUGUGUUGAAAAUAGUACUAAGCUAUGGAAUGAUGCGUGUUUGAUUUAAUUGUGUUGAACAAUACUAAGAUAUGCCAUAUUAUGGAAUCAUGCAUGGUUGAUUAAAAUGUGUUGAAAAGUGCUAAGAUACGGAAUAUUGCGUGGUUAAUUGAACUGUGUUGAAUUGUAAUAUGAUAUUGAAUCGUGCUUGGGUAUUAUAGUAUAAAUAUAUAUAUAGAAUACUGCGCGUGUGAACCGAUGUUUUAAAUAACAUCAGGCUUGUUUCGUUUAACAGCAUAUGAUUCAAUUAAUAACUCUCUUAUUUCCUUUUAUACUUUAAUAAGGCUACUAAAAAGUCCAAAUAA